AUCUAUCUAUUUUACAUGAAACUGAAGAUCAUCAAUAUUGUGUUUGUGUCUCUAUGGUUUAUCUUUGAUGGCCAUUCUUUUCUCCACUUUUCCCACACUCAGCGUCAGCAACAAGAAGUACUUCUCUUUGCCCACAAAACCCAUAAACAACCUCACUUCCAAACGGCACCUAAUCCUCCAAACUUCUUUCCUCUGCAUUGGCAUUGGCAUUAGUCUAACUCCUCAACUCUCACUUGCUCAAGAGGCGCCCUCUGAAUCGCUUAUUUCUAGCGUUGAAAAUACCAAAUCUUGGUUUCAGUUCUACGGCGAUGGGUUUUCCAUUCGAGUCCCACCAGAGUUUCAGGACCUCAUGGAACCUGAGGAUUUCAAUGCUGGACAGUCUCUUUAUGGGGACAAGGCAAAGACAAGGACUUUUUCAGCACGGUUUGCAUCUUCCGAUGGAUCUGAGAUUCUAAGUGUUGUUACUCGCCCAACCAAUCAACUUAAAAUCACCUUCUUACAGGCUCAGAAUAUAACUGAUUUAGGGUCCUUGAACGAAGUGGCAAAAAUAUUUAUUCCAGGAGGGGCAACACUUUACUCAGCAAAAUCAAUAAAAGUACAGGAAGACGAGGAUUUGAGGACUUACUAUUUCUAUGAAUUUGGUAAGGAUGAACAGCACAUAGCAUUGAUGGCAGGUGUCGACAGUGGAAAGGCAUUUAUUGCUGGAGCAACUGCGCCAGAGUCCAAGUGGGACAUUGAUGGCGAAAAACUUCGUUCUGCUGCUGUAUCAUUAACAAUUCUGUAGCCAUGUGCUGUAAUUUUUAGCCGUGUACAUCAAGUCAUUCGUAAUUUCAAUGCUAUAAUGACAUAGUUUUCAACAUUUUCAUAGAGUGAUAUUGUUUGUUAUUUUAUAUCAAGAUUUUUAUAUAAACUUACUAGAGUAUUGAAGGUC